AUGUUUCGAAAUGUUACUGGAGCGCAGGAAGCCAUUGUUCAUAGACAAUCAGAAACUAGUUUAUUACAUGAAAAAAAUCCAAUCAAAUUUAUCAAAGAUAUACAAUCAGAUGAUAUAGCUGAAACAUAUUCCACACUACAAACUCAAUGGUUUGAUCAACGUGAAAGAUUAAUAGAAAAUUUAAAAAAUCUCGAAAAACACGAUGCAUUUCCACACGAAAUUCAACAUGUUAAAAAUCUUAUUGGAUGUCUUAAUCAACUUAUAGAAAAUGGUGAAAUGACUAAAAGUUGUCAAACAUUAAUUGAUGAUAUGAAUAAAAAUAUUCAUUUAUUACCUGAGACAUAUUUAUUGACUAGAAAACCAUUAGGAGAUAAAGCGAUACGAUUGCCAAGACAUGUUUCUAAUACUAAAACGCAUGAAGCACAUCCAUUAAGGCAACUACCACCAGAGAUUAUUCAUACGCAUCACGAAAAUGAAAAACUUCCAACACAGAUUGAUCUUAACGUACAAACUGAAGAGAAACAUGUAGAUUCAAAAUUUGAUACUGGUGAAAUAACAACAUCUGAGAUAUCAACAGAAAAAAUGAAAAAUGGCAUUCAAUUUUAUGUCAUUGCUGAACCUUUCCGUAGUCAAACUGUUAAACAUACUAGAAAAAAACGUUAUUUAUCAUCGACCAUAGUGGAGUGA